AUGGGAUUCCUGUGCAUUGCAGCAUUCUGCAUCACAUACGCUGUUGCCUCCAUCGAAAAACAAGGGGAGCGGGAUGAUUUCAACGGGAAAGCGGUAGAAUUCUUUAGCGGGGAGGAGAAGUUGGCCGCCCGGAUGGAAGCCACGCCCUCCCGUGCCUGUCUGGAGGGCGACAUGCUCCUGACAUCUGAACAAAAGGAGGUGUACUUCGCCAUGCGAGAAGCCACGGCGGAGAACAGGGAGCGUGUUAGGCGUGAUGCGGCUGCCGUCUUCAGUGUGUGGCCUGACAGGACCUUGGUGUACAAGUACGAAGCUGGUCUGAGUGCAGCAACAAAGCGUACAUUUGAGGAGGCUGUAGAGAUAUACAGGGAGAAAACUAACAUCCGUUUCUUGGAGGCGAUCGAUGGAGUGUACACGGGUACAGUCAAUCCGUUGAUGGUACAGCAAAGUAGCUCUGGAUGCUUCUCAACGGUUGGUUCCCCAGGAGGAAACGGCGGUGGCCGCAUCAAUCUGCAAGACGGAGUGUGCGCCCAUCUCGGAGUUGUCCUGCAUGAAAUUGGACAUGCCCUUGGCCGCUUCCAUGAGCAGACGAGAAGUGACCGCGAUGCCUAUAUCAGGGUGAUCGAAGACAACAUCCUGAGUGGGUAUGCGCACAAUUUCAGGAUGGCAGACAGACCGAUGGUGGCGCCCUACGAUCUUCAAUCCAUCAUGCACUACGCCCCUCAGGCCUUCUCUCGCGAUGGUUACGUGGAGACUAUUAUUCCACACAACCCCAACGACAAGCCCAAGAUGGGCAGGCAGCACAUGUUGUCCCGUCUCGAUAUGUACACCUUCAACAUCGCCUACAAUGCCUACGAUAUAUGCCCAUCUGACCUGUGGUCUCAAUGUCGUCGAGGUGGGGUACCCAACAAGCACUGCACCUGCGACUGUCUGCCGGCUUUUGAGGGACCAUACUGUGAGAUCUUCACUCAGCCAACAGCUUGUAGUGAGAUCCACACUGAUGAUACGGGUUCCAUCUACUCUCCGGGAUAUCCAGAACUAUACUCAAGUAACACUGAGUGCACUUAUGUUGUCGAGUGUGCUGAUAAUGAGGUGGUUGAGCUGGAUUUUCCGACGUUCGUUGUGGAGGGCUUUGACUGUUGGUACGACAAGAUGUAUAUGAUGACAGGAGACCUCAAGUCAGAAAUCUACGCUGAUGAAUAUUGUGAUGAUAUCCUUCAGGGUCAUCAGAUAGUGUCAUCCAGUAACGUGGUUGUCAUGAAGUUUGAGAGUGAUGGAUGGUACAACUUUCCUGGAUUCAAGAUCGACUAUCGCUGCGUCCCGGCCGGCCUAUAAAUCACCGAGCCCUGAAAUACAUCAGCUAACGUACAACACUUGACUUUGAAUUAGAGACAUUAUAUAAUCAUUUAAUUAAUCCCAAAAGUAACCUACCAAAUUAUCACUAAAGCUUACUUUGAUUGAAGAUCGUACUGGUACUAAACACCCUGUGAAAUUAUUCCUUCUGGCCUGCUGUCAUUUAGAAGAAAUCAAGAAAUGUAGGCGAUUUCCAACGACCAGUCCAUUGACAUGUUUUUUUGGAAAUCAAGAGUUCUACAGACCAAAUCGUGUUUUGUGAUCCAAAGGUUGUGCACGGUUUUUCACCUUUGUUUUUCGAAAAAGAGAAAUAUCCACUGAGCUGAAAGUUUAAAAGGUUUGGGUUGCAACAUUCUCCUUUGGAUUUUGAGUGGUGUUAUUAGAACGAACAAAAUGCAUAAAAAAGCCAAUUAAUUAAGAAGACUGACCUACUCUUAUCAAGUUUUCUGGACCAAAAAAAAAACCCAAACAAGUUUAUUUCCUAAUAAAUAGUUUUUUGUGCAAAACUAUGCGAACUGAAAACCGACAUUUAUUACACGCAUUUUUGGCCGGUAUGUUGUUUUGCAACUUAAAAACGCCCAACCCCCCCUUCCCCCUUCAAAAAAAGACAUUUUUAAAAGACAAAAAAAAAAAAACCCAAACCACUAUUUCUAACAACAGAUUCUUUAAUUAAGGAUGACUAUGGAUUGGUUUCAAUGGACUUGAAAAAUGACGUUUUCCUUUAGAACAAAAUUAAUACUGUGUUAAAGGUGUCUACACGAUAGUUUUAGAUGUAUAAACGUACCUAUGUCGUUAUGUAAUUAAUGUAUUGGAAUAUGAUCCUCCCUUUAAUACACGUAUCAACAUUUCUGUUUGAUUACUUACAUGUGCACUUGUAUUAUGUAUUAAAUUCAGAAUAAAUCUUCAAAAAUAGAAUCAUAUGAAGAACAAAAAAGGCCAAUUUUGUCAUUAAAACAAACUGCAUAUGAUUCAUUCCGUGAAAAUCUAGAAUUACUUCUCAGAGAGCAGACGGUCACAAAGAAUAUUCAUGUAUCAGCAAAUCCCACUCAUGAGAAAUAAUGAAGAAGUUUUUAACAAAGAGGAAAAUUCUAAGCCUUUGUAAAUCAUGCAAAACUUUAAACAGGAACUGCAAAUCCUAAAUAAACGUGCUGAUAUUGUCUUAUUUAACUAUGAAACAGACGCAGGGAAAUGUAUGUGUAUUUAUGAAUUAUUCAUAAUUCGACAAUAAGUGACAAGGUAUGUAUGCACUGUGAAUGAUAUCUACUGUAUGUUAGCGUACAGAAAUUAAAUAAAUGUAGCCAUUCGUUUCAGAAAGCAUGAAAAAAUGACCAAAUGUGUGUUCUAUAUUUUGUGUUGAGACAUUCGGAACAUGUGUACUACUCCACACGAGCAAAGGUAAAAAGGUGGCUUGUUUCUACUUAGACGAUUUCAGAUACCGGUAUGCGCAUCAAAGGGAUAAGGUCUUUGGUUUGCUUGAUUCUUGCUGAAACAAGCAGUUCUUUGUCUUAGUGAUGAGAUGGAUUCUAAAGAGUCAUCUCAGGUUGGGUCCAGAUGCAGUAUUUUUAUAGCCGAAGAAGUUUUGGGGAGUGAUAAGAUUAACCUCCACAACGACCACUAUGUAUGGACAGUAGGGCUCUGUUGGAGGGACACAUCGCCAGUGGUGGAUCCCCCCCCC